UACGCUUGGAAUACGCGAUACGCAAUAUCGGGGCUGCCCGGCAAAAAAAAAAAAAAAAUCAAAAUUUUUUUGCCGAGUUCGCGACAUCGCGAACUCUCAGAAAUUUUCGCCCGCGGUUUUUCGCCCACCCUCACCAGCCGUGGACGUGGAGGGAAGGCAUCCCGUGUUUGUCGUCCCCCAUUCCCGCCAUAGUUUAGAUCUGAAUCACCAUCUCCUUUCAUUUUCCAACUCCAACCUCUCCCUCCCCUAGCUUAGCUUAGCUCAGUUCCCCUCUUACUUCACCGUAGUGGUCAUGGCGUCGUCCACCCCAUCAACCCCCCGAGCGUGCCCGCACCUACUAACGAUGGCGAGGCUGCCUCCUCCUCCGGCACUGUUUACGUUACGGAUGCGUCGCAUCCUAUUUUUAAGCAUUUCGAAACCGCGCUUAAUGCGGACGGCAAGACUACGGAAAACCGCCGCUGCUGUUAUUGCGGGCACACCUUCAAUGGCGGGAUGACGCGUUGCGCGCAGCACCUCGCCGAGUGGAACAAACUUCGUCGUCGCGAUGUGACCCUCUGCACCGCGGUGACGCAAGACGUGCGCGACGGAGUUAAGGCGCUCGGCAAAAAGGGGCGCAUCACCAAUUUUUUCGGUGACGAGUCCGCCUGCCGUAAGAAGGAAGCGGACCGGGCGCUCUGCCUCCUCUUCGCUGGUCUGCGCCUGCCGGAGCAUCACGCGGACCACGUCCUCUUCCGGAAUGCGGUCUCCGCCAUCGCUCGCGCCGGCACUUCCUACGUUCCCCCGAAGCGCAAGUACAUCGGCGGUCCGGCCUGCGCGACUGCCGCACCAGUAUCGAGGCCGCGCUGGUUCCCAUCUCCAGCAGCUGGCGGCGGAGCGGCGUCACCAUUGCUAGCGAUAUGAUGACGGACCAGAACGGCCGGCCCAUCGCCAACGUCCUCCUUAUCAACG